CUCUGUUUGGUAGCAUUGACUGACAUAGUUAAUGGGGUGAGUGCACGAGUUAUUACUAAUACCAAACAUGAGAUCUCCCACACUCGCUCAUUUGUCCAACAGUCAGAUUAGAUGACAACUCAGUAAACAGACUACUAAUUACACAGUUCGAAUUUAUGAAUCACUCAUACAUCAGUGUCGAGCGAAAUCCUGACAGCACAUCAACAGCAUUAGGUAAUUACAAUAGAGGGAUAACUGUUUCACAAGUCCAACAGAACUGAGUCAUAGGUUUGUGAUGCUUUGACAAUAAUUUUGGAAAGGUAAAACACACAACGAUUAUUUCUAUAUCAAACAAAAGCAUACACUUAAAGAAGUGUAACAAUGUAGUAGUUUGAAUAUUCAGUGAUUAUACAACAAAGCGAUAACUGUUAAUAGCACUUUUCGGAAAGUUCCCUUUCGCUUAAAAUUUAUCCCGAAAUAGAAACUUCAUAGAAUGCUGCUUAGUGACUAUGGAAGACAAUGGAAGUGAAAUAGCAACCAUAAUGAUAAACCAUCUACGACUUCAUCAGUCUCAAAUGUUCACACACGACGAUAACAACAACAAUAACGAUGAAAAUGCAUACCACACUUACACCACGAGACUAUAUUGUUCAUCACACUGUCAGUCAACUGACAGUCACAAAAAUAUUCAAUACUCGCCUAUGAUGGAAACUCUAUCGAGAUGUCACAAUACAUUCUCUGUCCCCUAUUACUCACUUAUACCAAAACUGAAAACAUCAUUUUGCAAAUUUACAACAUCUAAGCAAGAUUACACAGUAUAUCACGUCCGACAUCGAAUUGUACCAGAAUAAUUUGUAAUUACUUCAAUUCAAUAUGAAUCAACGACUGAUCAGUGAGAAAUCUUUCUGUCUUCACCCCGUAUUAUACUACUGAUAUAUGUUGUGAGCGACACGUAUUGAAUGCAUCGUCAAUUUGUUUCUAUCCUUAUCUGAUCAUAGAGCCCUAAACGACUAGUCCCGUCUCAAACCUCAGUUAAAGUAAUAGGGUCGGUGCCAGUGUUUAGAACCUUCAUUAAUACGAAAGAGUCUUUUGAAAAAGUGGCUGACCGCGAUAAUCUGUCCAGUCUUCCAAACUCUUCUCUUCAUAUUCACGUGUUUCCAUAGACAAAACUUACCACUUGUUACGGUGACAGCUGAGAUCCUUCAGAUUACACGAGUACAGUUGUUGAACAUUCACGACAAACAAUUCACAUUGAAAUCACUAACUGGACAGCAUUUGCAUUGCACACUGGACACAUGGAACACUGAAUAUCCGUAAUCAAUAGCAUGAUUGUUUGUCACUUUCGAGAAUAAUAAAUUGCGACCGAUAAUAAAUAGAACUUAGUGUCAAUGAUUUGGGAAGUAGCAUAAUUAACUAAUCAACCUAAAUAAACUUAUUAAUUGAAUGACAGAGAAAUUAAAUUCUAAUGACACAUAUGUAAUUGCAGAUUGGAGUAUUACUGAUUAGGGGAGAUCGUAUGUUUAACGACAGUGAAAUAGUGUAAAUAUCAGAAGUAUGAUAAGUGUGUACAAUGAUUACUUCAAGUUCUUCGUUUGGUAAAAAUAUGUGAUUAUGAAUAGUGAUUUUGGGUAGGUGAUAAUCUUUUAUUAUUAUGAAUGAACGAUGGUUAUUGUAUCAAUCAGAUAGAUUUUCGAACUUGCCCCCAAAUGCCCUGAUACGGCCGAGAGUGGGGGGAGUCCGCUCUCCCUCUCGAAACGCUUCCACACAGCCAUGCGUGUGUAGCCUCUGUCAGGGAAGUCCUACUCAUUGUCUUCUCAUGGCGGGGAUGUUGCUUACGAAAUUCAGAGGACGAAAAGCGAAUGUCCGGAGCUUUAACUCAGUUGGUGGGUAUGUAGAGUCCACCUAGAGGAGUUGCAAAACCCUCAUUCCAAACCAAUGGUGCACAUGGGCUCCAGUAUCCAAUCGUUGGUCACCGGCUACCAUUGGACUGGAUCUCCCUACGAUGCUCCAUUGCCUUUUGGAUCGGACCUUCAGGUCGAAGGCUCUGGGUGUGCUCUCCUAAGAAAACCACCUACUUCGGUUUGCGCAACCGGUCAGUAUCAUAGCCCUCACACACAUCAAAUGAGAUUUGUGUGCCGCAUAUGUAUUUGGUUCCUCCUUGAACCAGUAUUUAUAUGUUAAACUAAGUAAAUAAAAAUAAUCAGAUAGAUUUUCGAACUUGGUCAAUCGAUCAAUCAGUCAGUCAGACGACCUGCUAGUUGAUGAAUGAUUGGUUCGUGAAUUAACUGAUCAAUGUAAUAACUGACGUUGAGGGUUUGUAGCUUGUUGUUGUUUUAAUGAGAGAGAUUACUAAUACGGUGAGGAGAUUAAUCGUUCAGAAUGGAAAUGCUAAUUACUCAUGAUUAUGAAUGGAGAUAAAUGAUUGUGUAGUUGGAAAUGAAUGAUGAUGAAUGAGCUAAGACAUUAGAUGCACGAGAAGUGUAAUUGUGUACACAAUUAUUUAAGCUUUACUAAUGAGGCAACAGAAGAUAUUUACCAAUAAAUAAACAUUAAUAUAAGUGGUAUGGUGAGUCGAUCGAAUGACUGUUUAAGUAUCCAUAUUCAGUAACAUUGCGUACAAAUGAACAUGAUUGUUGUCUGUCCAAUGAGAUUGUAAAUACACUGAACGAUGUCUUCGUGUUUGAUAUGAGAGAUUUGUGAAUCGAUGGUGCAGUUGGUGUUUCUACAUGUAUUGAAUCAACUUGUCGACAUGUAUAUAAGUAGCAAAGAAUAAUAUAACAGUAGGGGAGAGGAUCCAUCUGACACUCAAUACAGAUCACAAUGCGUAGCUGAAUACAUUGGUUGUCAUAUGAUUUUUAUACACUGAUCAAUAGUCAAAUUUGAAACAGACUGAAUUGAGUGUCGCUUGAUAAUAAGUAGUCAAUAGGAAAGGGUUUCGUCGAACUCUUCUGUAUUGUAAACAUAAAGUGAAUUAACGAAUAACUAUAACUAAUUUGCCAAGUGUUGUACGAUCGAGUAUUUUUUACAACCAUACUUUUUAAUCUUGUGUUUAUAGUUCUAUAGAAUGUCGGAAGUGUUGAUGUCAAGAGAGAAUUCAAAUAUAAUUUGCAUGAUGAAUGUGUGUUUCCGUUCGUUGACCGUUCAUAUUUGAAUGUAACCUGUGAUUUGUGUCUUAUCCCUUGAAAAUAAAAGCCAAUUCUUGGAUAAUCACAUACACUUGUUAUCUCGCGAUUCUUGAUUGAUUCAAUGUAUCAAACAGCUCUUCAGUCCCCUUUUUUAUUAAGUAGAUGAAUAGUAUCAUUUGAGUAGUACAUCAGUGAAGAAGUGUUUAAAUUUAGAAAUGAAAAUCACAUAUGAAAUAUAGGUAAAUUAUAAAGCUUGUUUACAGUAAUUAUUUGCCCCACGUAGGAUCCUAGGUCUCCAACCAGCAUUCUCCAACCAGUUCUGUCCUGAAUUCUCUUAUCCAGUUAUUUCCAAUCGCCAUUCAUUCUUUUCAUGUCUUCCUCCGGUUUCUGGAGCAUUGUGUUCUAUGAUCUGUCUCUUUUUGUUUUGCCUUGAGUAUUUCGAGUUAGGAAUUGCCUCGUGAUAUAGUUGAAUGAUUUCCACUGGCGAUUUUGAAAUGCAUUUCAUUAGAUAAGAAAUCACAAAUUCAGGAGAUAUCAACACGCGUAAUCAGUGAAUGGAUUUGACGAGAUGACUGGCAUCGGUUAUAUGUUUCUGAAACUGCGUAAGUCAUUUUCCAACAACUAUUUUUCUUUUCGCCAUCUGAGUGACACUACUAUAGACAUUCAAAAUGAAACAAUAUUAUCAAAGUAGACAAAGUGAGGGCACAAAUGAAAUUCGAACACAAGUGUAGAAGAUAAACUCGUCUAUCUACCGAGUUACACGUCCUUUCUGCUCUAUCCAUUCGGUUUAUAUAAUUCAUCCACAUACCGAAUGUCUCCAUUCUUUUCAAUGAUUCCAAAUUCCCAUCGACCUUCUUCAAAUAAGGAAUUGAUUAACAUAUUAUUAGUUCCAUGUGUCCAGUGUGCAAUGCAAAUGCUGUCCAGUUAGUGAUUUCAAUGUGAAUUGUUUGUCGUGAAUGUUCAACAACUGUACUCGUGUAAUCUGAAGGAUCUCAGCUGUCACCGUAACAAGUGGUAAGUUUUGUCUAUGGAAACACGUGAAUAUGAAGAGAAGAGUUUGGAAGACUGGACAGAUUAUCGCGGUCAGCCACUUUUUCAAAAGACUCUUUCGUAUUAAUGAAGGUUCUAAACACUGGCACCGACCCUAUUACUUUAACUGAGGUUUGAGACGGGACUAGUCGUUUAGGGCUCUAUGAUCAGAUAAGGAUAGAAACAAAUUGACGAUGCAUUCAAUACGUGUCGCUCACAACAUAUAUCAGUAGUAUAAUACGGGGUGAAGACAGAAAGAUUUCUCACUGAUCAGUCGUUGAUUCAUAUUGAAUUGAAGUAAUUACAAAUUAUUCUGGUACAAUUCGAUGUCGGACGUGAUAUACUGUGUAAUCUUGCUUAGAUGUUGUAAAUUUGCAAAAUGAUGUUUUCAGUUUUGGUAUAAGUGAGUAAUAGGGGACAGAGAAUGUAUUGUGACAUCUCGAUAGAGUUUCCAUCAUAGGCGAGUAUUGAAUAUUUUUGUGACUGUCAGUUGACUGACAGUGUGAUGAACAAUAUAGUCUCGUGGUGUAAGUGUGGUAUGCAUUUUCAUCGUUAUUGUUGUUGUUAUCGUCGUGUGUGAACAUUUGAGACUGAUGAAGUCGUAGAUGGUUUAUCAUUAUGGUUGCUAUUUCACUUCCAUUGUCUUCCAUAGUCACUAAGCAGCAUUCUAUGAAGUUUCUAUUUCGGGAUAAAUUUUAAGCGAAAGGGAACUUUCCGAAAAGUGCUAUUAACAGUUAUCGCUUUGUUGUAUAAUCACUGAAUAUUCAAACUACUACAUUGUUACACUUCUUUAAGUGUAUGCUUUUGUUUGAUAUAGAAAUAAUCGUUGUGUGUUUUACCUUUCCAAAAUUAUUGUCAAAGCAUCACAAACCUAUGACUCAGUUCUGUUGGACUUGUGAAACAGUUAUCCCUCUAUUGUAAUUACCUAAUGCUGUUGAUGUGCUGUCAGGAUUUCGCUCGACACUGAUGUAUGAGUGAUUCAUAAAUUCGAACUGUGUAAUUAGUAGUCUGUUUACUGAGUUGUCAUCUAAUCUGACUGUUGGACAAAUGAGCGAGUGUGGGAGAUCUCAUGUUUGGUAUUAGUAAUAACUCGUGCACUCACCCCAUUAACUAUGUCAGUCAAUGCUACCAAACAGAG